CUCCAUAGCAACCAAAAGACAAACAUGGCAAACCGCAGCAAACGAGUUUUUCUCAACAACAUCGACUCAUAUUCGUCCAAAUAUAUCGCCCAGUUCUUGUCCUCAUGUAUCGUCGGAGAGUCGCUCAAUGAUGGAGAAGAGGAGGACAAACACGAACUCUCUUCAGAGGCCGCGCGCUUUCAGAUAAUCGGAACAGUUGCGAAUAAAGAAGCAAAAAAACUACGUUUCACAUCUGAUCAAUAUUGGUCUCUGAGUCGAGAGGAGCUCCUGCAGUGCCUGAUGCAGUGUGAUGUUAUUGUGUAUAAUAUCACUGAACACAGUGAUCUCAUAGAUGAGGCAACAUGGGCCAUUUCAGCUCUGCACUCUGAAAUUGAACAUUUUGGGUCCCCAAAAACAUUCAUCCUGCUGUCAACGAUCAUGACGUGGGCAAUGACCAAACCAGCUGAUCCUGAUGAGCCUGACAUCCCCUUGACUGAAGAUGACUACAAAAGAAGAAGACCACAUCCAAACUUUAAGGAACACACCAGCACAGAGAAACUAGUUCUUAAACUGGGGAAGACUAAAAAGUCAAAGCUGGCUACUUAUGUUGUAACAUCAGGACUGCAGUAUGGCAUGGGAGAGAACAUCUUCCACUUCUUCUUUAAAACGGCUUGGCUCGGAGAGCUUAGCAGCGUUCCUGUUUUUGGGCCUGGGACAAAUGUCAUCCCUGCCAUUCACAUCCACGACCUUGCAAGAGUGGUCCAAAACAUCAUUGAUCACAAACCAAAAACACACUAUUUCAUCGCUGUGGAUGAUUCCAAGAACACUUUUGAAGACAUUGUGAAAGCCAUUGCCUCUACCCUGGGGUCUGGAAAAACAGAAAACAUCCCAAAGGAAGAUGACUAUGGCACAAAGGCAAUUACGGAAACUGACCUGCUUUACCUCAGUGUCAACCUUCGGACUGAGUCUGUUUUCUUAAAUGACAGAUUAAACGUCCACUGGGAUUGUGAAUCUGGGAUCAUUGAUAACAUACUUCAAGUGGUGGAGGAAUACAAACAGGCAAGACAACUGUUGCCGAUAAAAAUCUGUCUUCUUGGGCCCCCUGCUGUUGGGAAAAGCUCAGCUGCAGUAAAGUUGUGCAGAUAUUACAAACUUCAUCAUAUUGAUGUCAAUGAAACCAUCAACGAGAAAGUCAGACAGUUGGAGGAAUUGCUUGAGGGAAAUGAGAAGACAAGUGAGAACGAGGAAAUGCUCGUUGGUGCUGAAGCGCAGCUUAAAACUCUAAAGAACAACAUGGUUCAGAAUGAUGGCCAGUUGGACGAUCAACAUGUAAUGCAUAUCAUAAGAGAGAAGCUAAACUCCAAGCCUUGCAGAAAUCAAGGAUAUGUUCUAGAUGGUUACCCAAAGACCUACACACAGGCUAGAGAGCUUUUCCAUGAUGAAAACAUGGAAGUAGAAGAUACGGGAUCUACAAUACCCCAAUAUAGCAAAGUGUUGGUUCCAGAGUUCGUCAUCUCACUGGAUGCCACUGAUGAGUUUCUGAAAGAGUGUGUUCGGAGUCUUCCACAGAAUGUGGCAGAAGAGAUGCAUUACACUCAAGAUGAGUUUACAGAGAGUCUUGCGAAAUUUAGGGAGACUUUGGCAGAAGACGAGUCUGUGCUUGACUAUUUCGAUUACCUGGAAAUCCACCCUGAACACAUUGACUGUGAGAAUGUGGACACAGUGGAGAAGAUCAUUAAGACAGUGGGGCCUCCGAAGAACUACGGUCCGAGUCCAGAGGAAAUGGAGGAAGAGAGGAAGAGGAAAGAAGAUGAACGGCACCUGCAACUGAAACAGGAGGAAGUUGAGAAGGAACUCAGGCAGAGACUGGAGAAAGAUAAAAUGACUGCUCUUUUAGAGGAAUGGAACAGGAACAUGGCUGAGGUGAAGAAGCAGGAAACUGAGCUAUUAGAGACACGAUCUGUCCCCAUGAGACACUACCUGAUGAAAUACGUCAUGCCUACUGUCAUACAAGGACUGAUGGACUGCUGUAAGGUUAAGCCUGAUGACCCUGUGGACUUCUUGGCUGAAUACCUCUUCAGGAACAAUGAAGAUGAUUAGCUCACUCUGCUAUUGUAGUUAAAUGUAAAAUAAAAAUAUUUCAUUUCAUUAA